AUGGACGAAGUGCUGUGCAGCUUGUACCAGUAUGGCGGUUGUAGAAUCGACGAUCAGCAGUGGGAGCAAGCGCUGAAGCGGAUGCGAGCCUUACUCGAAAAGUACACUGAGACUUGGGUCGUAGCAAAGCUGCCCGACGGUCGCAUCGCUCUGGACAUCGAGAACGAGACAACCCAGAUGGCUGUUCAACGGGCGGGCCAUAGAAUCGACCGUAUCAACCAGGAUCGUUGGUUAAUGGGUCUGCACAAGCUGAGACAACAACGCUUCUUCAAUACGCAACUAGGGGACCUGUUCGCCGCGCUUGAUGCGUUCGACGAACUGAACGCAGUAUGCGAAUUGGAUCACGUUCGUAAUGGCAUCGAUUCCUGCGGCGACGUGUUGGUAUCUAUGUCGAAGGAACAGCAAUGGUGUGACGCGAUUGAGCGCUUACGCGCUUUGCGCUUGAAGCAUCCCAAGUCUGGUGCAGACCAGAUACUACCACUGAACCCUUACCAGUUGGUCCUGGUAACGUCCCAAAUGAACAACUGUUCCUCUAUGCGAAAGAUACCUGUGCCUGACUUCCACCACCUGGAGACCGACGAACUGAAACAGGACCUGUUCACCGCUCUCAAAGCGGUGGGCGAGAUGGACGACGUGCAUCCGCUGGGUGACACCGUCUAUGACAUCCGUGAACGUGAGGCGCUUGGAUGGGAGGGACCAAAGGUCACUCGCUGGUCCAAUGCCCUGAGUGAGCUACAGAAGCUGCGGGAAAAGUACGCCGUCGGUUUGGACUACACGCCCUUCGAGCCUUACGAGGACGGAGCUUGCCAAGGUGCUGGGAAUGAAUUCGAGCAAGGUGUUCUGACCGCACUGGCCAACAGCCCCAAUUAUGUGGUGUCCAUAGACGAAUACACCAGCAUCAAUGGCGUCGUGAUUCGCGGACUAGGUACGUUGGAAACGCAUACAUUACAUGCGUCGAAUCUUCAUCCCGACUGCCACGCCGCAAUCCAUCGUCUGAAUGUGCUGCGAAGCAAGUACAUCUGGCAAGGCUUAAUUCCCUUGCGGCCUUGGCAAUCCGAGUUCAAAGCCUCCGGGCUAAAUGACUUUGAGCAAGGGCUGAUCCAAACGCUCCGCGAAUACGGCAUACCGCCCAGCAUCGAUCCUGAGAUGAAGAUUCGCGAUGUGCCCAUCAAAGCGAUGAGUCCCGACAAUCAAGCCCGCCUGGCCCAACUCUUCGAGUACGCACAACAAUGUCCGAAGUAG